ACAACUGGCAACACUUCCAACGCUGUUUUCAGACUUUGCGCGGCAAAUCGUUGCGAGUUCGGUUCGUAGUUCACAGCAAAAGCUCCGCCGUUUUAGCCCUUAAAAUGGAUACCAAAGUGAAACAAGAAAUUGAAAGCGAAACUGAAACGAAACCGCUCGGCAUAAAUAGUUUGGACACGCUGGGACCGUAUAUUUUAGAACAGGAUAAUGCCAAAAACUUCGUAUACGUUUCAGACAUCCCACAGCUCUGCAAGGACGAGCCUUGUAUGCUGGGGGUGGAUGAAGCCGGCCGUGGACCAGUUCUUGGUCCCAUGGUGUAUGGUAUUGCGUUUUGUCCUCUGUCGAAAAAGGACAUCCUAAAGCAACUGGGAUUUGCCGAUUCCAAGCAGCUGACUGAGGAAAAAAGAGAUCAAAUAUUCGACGAGAUGAACAGGAAGGAUUACGCUGUGGAAGCACUUGGAUGGGCCGUUGAAGCUAUAUCACCCAACGUGAUCUCGAUGAGUAUGCUGAGAAGGACGAAACAUUCGCUUAACGAAGUAUCUAUGGAUUCUGCUAUUGGGUUGAUUAACGCCGCGAUUGAAGCAGGGGUAAACAUUGCAGAGGUUUACGUGGACACGGUUGGUCCGCCGGAGAAAUAUCAAGCCAAGCUGAAGGCCAUCUUUCCCAAGUUUAAAAUAACUGUCGCUAAGAAAGCCGAUAGUACCUAUCCGAUCGUAUCGGCGGCAAGUAUUGCGGCGAAAGUUACGCGUGAUCACGCGUUGAAAGUGUGGAAGUUCCGCGAACGACCGAACGAGAAAGAAAACUCAUUCGGUAGCGGAUAUCCAGGCGAUCCGAUAACGAAGCAGUUUCUGGGUGAAAUUGAUCUUGUGUUUGGGUUUCCACGGCUGGUUCGAUUUAGCUGGUCUACUGCGAGCAACGCGCUGGAAAAGAAAGCCUACGACAUGGAAUUUGAGGAUGAAGAAGACACCAAGAGUAGUCAAAAGGCUUCAUAUGGAAGCGAGAAAUUGUCUAAAUAUUUUUCGGCAUCUAAAAACGAAAACAGAAAGCGCGCUGAGUAUUUCCGUGACCGAUGUUUGGAGCAUGUUGCAAAUAUAUAGGAGUAAUAAAAUGUGUCCGUCCAGUAAACAUGAACGAGUGUAAUCGUAAGUACUUCGUUUGACACGUUUAUGUUGAAUGUUUAUACAACUGAGAAA